AUGGCGGUGAUUGAAGAAUUUAAUUAUUUAUGUCGUCUAUGUGCUACCAAGACUGGAAUAAUGAUAAUGGGAUUUCCGAUAUUUGAACCUGGUGAAAGAUUAAGAAAUAUUGACAAAAAAAUAGCCGCUUGUUUGCCUGUACAGGUAUCAACAUGCGACGACCUGCCUAAAGUAAUUUGCGAGCCAUGUGCUUACAAACUAGACGAGAUGUUUGACUUCCGCGAGAAAUGUUUGCAGACUGAGGAAUUAUUCAUCGAGAUGCUGAAAGAGGAGCUCAAAAAUGAAGCUAUCACUAUUGAUAACUCCCUCACGGGUGUUGAUGAGAUACCCAAUGUUAUGCAGACAGACAUUCGCGGUAUCCAUAAUCAUAAUCACAGUCACAACCACAACCAUCUCCACAACCAGCAUCACCAUGAUAUUGGUGACAUGCAGAAUGGCAUUGUUGAUGAGCUGAGAAGCCAAGACUGCGUGGGUAAUGAUGAAGUCCCGGGUGAUACUGGGAGCUUGCACACUAUGAGGGUUAUGGACGACAUGGAGCUCGCCGGUGGAGAACAGGUUGUCAGUCAGGAGGAAAUUCCUAAUCAAGAGACUAUUGAAGUCACUGGGAUUGAGUGUUUGAAUGGAGAAACUGUUGGGAUAGAUGAGCAUAUGCACGAAGUAUCAAACCACCAAAUCGCAAUCCACCUCGACGGCGACAUGACAGUAGUAGGCAACCUGACCGUAAACAACCACCUGGGAAUAAACUACGUGACCGCGAUCGUCCCAGAGCAGCAAACGGAAGACGAGCAAAUCCUGCACUACUGCGAGAACGUGAAAUACGAAGGAGUGGACGUGAAAGAGGAGUAUCAAAGACUGCAACUUUCCGAAGUUCCUCCGUCCCACUCAAUCGAGUCAACCUCAGAAACUUUCGUCGCCACAGUCGAGUCCACCGACUCGGCUCUAAACUCCCAGAUACCUUCCCCCGAAUUACCCUCCACCAGCCAGGAGGCUUCCACCAAACCGGACCCAGUGGAGUACACCAAGGAGUCCAAAGACACUCUAAUCGAGAACGUGAUAAGCAAUCCUUCCAUCGACCAGGCCGGUGCUAAGUGGUACAUAUGUCCUUUUUGCAGCAAAAUGACCAACGAGCCCUCCAGUCUUCUCGAUCACUACGACCAGCAUUUCUGCUCUUGUCCCUGCGGGCUUAAUUUUGUCAGCCUAGAAGAUUUUAAUACCCACGAACAGCAGUGUCCUUUUUCCAGCGACUCUAAAUCUUCAAUUGCCAAUGACAAUCUUGAUGAUGAAUCUUCUGUUUUAAAUUCUAUUUCUAACGAAUUGGGGGAUAAAGACACUGGGAAUGAGGAGGCUUCUAAUGUUGGGAGUGCUGAGGUUACUGAGUGCGCGGAUGUUCAAACAGACUGA